ACUGAAGGAAGGGAAGGAGAAAGGGAGAGAAGAAAUAAGGUUGCUCUGGCUUUCCGGAUCUACUUCCUGAAGCAGCUGAGUGUGCCUGGAGAGCUGGGAAGGCCAGAGGCAGUCCUUUCUAAUCCUUGGAAGAAGGCUGACUGUCGAAGCUUCCUUCACCGAGAGAUAAGGACCAUGGCAUCUUUGAGGAGCAAGCAGACAACCACAGGCUUCUACCUGGAGAAAGAGGAGAUCAGACAGAUGUUGCGUGCCCUCUUUCCUGACUUCCAGAUCCAGAAUCUCUUGCUUCGCACAGGGUCUACAUACUGUGGAGCUCAUGAUGGUUCUGAGUGGAGCACUAUGCUUCCGAAUGAAGGAUUCAGCCUUGAAGGUACUGUAUCUGCACAAUAACCAGCUGCUGGCCGGAGGACUGCACGCAGAGAAGGCCAUUAAAGGUGAGGAGAUCAGCGUUGUCCCAAAUCGGGCACUGGAUGCCAGUCUGUCCCCUGUCAUCCUGGGUGUUCAAGGAGGAAGCCAGUGCCUAUCUUGUGGGACAGAGAAAGGGCCAAUUCUGAAACUUGAGCCAGUGAACAUUAUGGAGCUCUACCUCGGGGCCAAGGAAUCAAAGAGCUUCACCUUCUACCGGCGGGAUAUGGGUCUUACCUCCAGUUUCGAAUCAGCUGCCUACCCAGGCUGGUUCCUCUGCACCUCACCGGAAGCUGACCAGCCUGUCAGGCUCACUCAGAUCCCCGAGGACCCCGCCUGGGAUGCUCCCAUCACAGACUUCUACUUUCAGCAGUGUGACUAGGGCUGCGUGGUCCCCCAAACUCCCUAAGCAGAGGCAGAGUAGGCAGUGGCGAUAGAGGAGCUCCACAAUAGGUGGCUUACUCCUCUCCUUCCCUACAGGACUCCCGCUUCCGACAUAAGGCACACAGACACUCUUCUCCUGCGUCCCAGUGCUGGUAAAUCUUCUGGUAUUUGAAGCUCAAUGUGUAGAUUCUUUCCAAUUGGAUGGUACUACCUCUGGUGUGGAAUCCAAUAGAAACCACAUAGGACCAACAAAGAGCAACAUAAAAGAUUCUUGGGUGAAGAAGAGGUGGGAAUUGUUCAUAUAUAGUAAGAUUGGACACAGUACCUCAGAAGACCUGCCAUUCUCUACUGUUCGGGAAGGGGGGGUCACCAAGACUUUCUCUGGCUGGCUGGGCCCUUCCCCUCAAUCUUGCUGACAUCUGCAGGCGCUCUCAUCCUUGCCUUCAUUCUCUGGUCCUGAACUGAGAGGGUGAUGUCAGGAUAGCUGACAGAAGAUGGCCAGACACACUGUCCUUGUUUGAAACCAUAGGGACAAUAAAAAACCCUGAUUCUGGUCUCUCUGCUCACAUAAAAAGAAGCUUGUGAACAUUAAGUGGGAAGAGAUUGCUACUAAAUAACAUACCUUGUAAUUUCAUCUUAAUUAAAAUAUACUUCUCUAUAUUUUAUAUUUUAAAAGGGAUCUGGAGUGUUUACAUCAAUUGUAGCCAUGUCCAAGUGGGGGCAAGAUAGGUGACUUUUUAUUUGUGUCUAUUACCUUUUCCAUUAUGGAGGUGGGUUAUUUGCAUAAUAAUAAAAAGGAAUCAAUAUGGAGGGAAGUGAAGCAGACAUACUUUCUGGUCAUCCUCACCAUCUGCUAGAGUGAAAUCCAAACUGAGCUCAUCUGUUCUAAGUAGCAGGAGCAGGGAGCAAGAGGCAGACCCGCAGACCCCAGAAAAGCUAGGAAGAAUGUGAAGGGUUUAUGCUAGAAGCUCCUGGGUAAGGGAUUUACAGAAGAAAUAAAGAAAAGAAGAAAGGAGUAGAGGGAGGGAGGGAGGGAGGGAGAGAGGGAGAGAGGGAGGGAGGGAGGGAGGGGGGAAGGACAGAGGGAAGGAAGAAGAAAUGGAGUGAUAGAGAGAGAAAGAAGGAAGAGAAGGAAAGGAAAGGGAAAAGGCUAUCCUGCUUUAACCUGGUGUAGUGACAACCCCUGGGAUUCCAAGGAGUCACCGUCAACUUCUGAGGGGAGCUACUGUGCUGGUCUGAAAGUUUCCUCCUCAAAUUCAUGUCCCUCCCAAAUCUAUUAUGGUCUUACCUAGGCAGAGUCUUGACAGGUAAAGUGCUAGACUAAAACUCACUUUGAAAAUGAGGAUGUAGGCACAGAAAGGCACAGGAGAUAUGCCCACAUGAGACCAAGGAAAAGGUUGAAGUGACUCAGCUGCCACCAGCCACAGAGGGCCAGAUACUAUGUGGACCACCGGAAGAAAGAAAAGAGGGGAGGAUGGGUCCCUUCCUAGGGCAUCUGAGGGAGUUGUGCCUUGCUGACACCUUGGUCUCAACCCUUUGGUCCUCUGCACUAUCGCAGAAUACAUUUCCACUGUUGUAAGUCACCACGUGUGUAGUAAUGGGUGCUAGCCACUGGAAGGACUGAAUGGAGUUGCUAGUGGUCUCUACUUCCUCAUGUCCACCCCCAGAUUGACCUCUGGACUAGUGAAGUAUGGCACAGGUGAUAGCAGGCUACUACAGAGAGUGAAUUGUAAAAGGCACUUUAGUAACUGUGGGGAGCCUGCUCUUUCUCUUUACACCGGGGCAAGCCAGUUUCUAUGCUGUAAGCAGCCCCUUAAAGAGAUCAUAUAAGGGAAACUAGUCUCCCACAGACAACAGCUGGAUGUACGAGGUCAGAAGCACGGCCUUCCCCAGCACCAUUGCAAGCUACGUGCUGUCAUGAUUGCAGCCUCAUAAAAACUGAUGCAGAACUGCCCCAUCAAGCUGCUCCAGAUUCCUGCCCCACAGAAACCCUGUGAACUAACCAUGUUGCUUUUAGAUUCUGCAGUAAGUUGAUAAUCUGCAGUAAAUAAUAUUCAAUG